GUGCCAGGUCCCUUGUUUAAAAAAAUGGGACCACGUAGGGCCGGAAACAUUACUCUUUAGUUUAGAUGAACAUUUGCCGAAAGCAAUUAACAAAAAGCAGCCGAGCAGGAGGCUGGGGGCAUAUGCAUCGAAAAUAUCUAUCUUCCUUGGCAGUGCACGAACUUGGAGGGGACUCCAAUACCGAGUGUGGUAACUAAGCAUGAUGUCCAACAAGAUGAAUGGAUGCUAGGUCAUUGGGGCGAUCGAUCCAUCACACAAAUAUAUAUAACUUGGCUAGUAAUGCAGGGUCGAUCAGUGGCUAUAGCUGAUAUAUAUUUCACGAUGGCAGGUGUCACAUCGGAUUCUUCACAGGAGACGAUGAGUAAACGGUGGAACCUCGCCGGCAUGACGGCGCUCGUCACCGGAGGAACCAAGGGGAUCGGGCUUGCCAUCGUGGAGGAGCUGGCCGGGCUCGGCGCCAAGGUGCACACCUGCGCACGCAACGCCGCCGGCCUGGACAAAUGCCGGCGGCGAUGGCAGAGCAAGGGCCUCCACCAGCUGGUCACCGCCUCCGUCUGCGACGUCUCCGUGCGCGGCGACAGGGAGGCCCUCGUCGCCACGGUCCGCGACCUCUUCCACGGCAAACUCCACAUCCUCGUCAACAACGCCGGCCUGUCCCUCUACAAGGCGGCCGCGGACACCACGCCGGAGGAGUACGCCCGUCUCAUGGCCACCAACCUCGACCCCUGCUUCCACCUCUCCCAGCUCGCGCACCCGCUGCUCCGCCAGGCCGGGGCCUCCUCCGUGCUGCUCAUCUCCUCCGUCACCGGCUACAUCGCCUACCCGGCGCUCUCGGUUUACUCGCUCACCAAGGGGGCCAUGCACCAGCUCGCCAGGAGCCUGGCCGCCGAGUGGGCGACGCACGGCAUCCGCGUCAACUGCGUCGCGCCGGGCGGCAUCGACACCGAUAUCUCCACCACCACGCUCGCCACCGACCCAACCAUGGCACGGAGGCUCGCCGACAUGGAGACGGCGCGGGUGCCCAUGCGCCGCUUCGGCAAGCCCCACGAAGUCGCCGCGGUCGUCGCCUUCCUCUGCAUGCCCGGCGCCGGGUACAUCACGGGCCAGGUCAUAUGCGUCGAUGGAGGACGCACAAUAGCAGCCAAGCUAUGAC